GUCCCCGAGUGUCACGCAUGCGCAUAGUACACUGAAGGCCUUGAAAAUGUCGGAUGGAGGUUAAAAAUGGCAAGGAAUUUGACUACGGGAAUCUCAAACACAACACAGCAGUUUUGCUGUCUCUGUCCAGAUAUUUAAGAAGUGGAGCGAGGGAUUCAAUCGACCAUCCUUCCUACUCAGACUGUGGGGAGGGAUUUAUUCGAUCAUCUGACCAACUGGCAUGACCGUUAGUUUACAUGGAGGGGAGCCCAUUCAUCUUCUCAGACAGUGGGAAUGAAUUCACUCGGUCAUCUCAACUGAAGGUACAUCAGCAAGUUCACACUGGGCAAGGCCAUUCACCUGUCCUGUGAGUGAGAAGGGAUUCAGUUGGUCUUCCCACCUGUGGACACACCAGUCAGUUCACCCUGGGCAGAGGCUGGUCAACUGCUGAAUUUGUGGGGAAGGAUUCACUCGGUCAUCUGACCUAAUGGCUCACCAGCGAGUUCACACUCGGGAGCGGCCAUUCACCUGCUCAGACUGUGGGAAAGGAUUCAUUUCAUCAUAUCAGUUACUGAGACACCAGUCAGUUCACACCGGAGUGUGGCUGUUCACCUGCUCAGACUGUGGGAAGCGAUUCACUGAAUUAUCUCGACUGAAGAUACAUCAGCGAGUUCACUCCGGAGAGAGGCCAUUCAACUGCUCAGACUGUGGGAAGGGAUUCGCUCAGUCAUCUCAACUGAAGGUACACCAAAGAAUUCACACUGGGGAGAAGCCGUUCACCUGUUCGGACUGUGGCAAGGCAUUCACUUCAUCAGCUCACUUACUGAGACACCAGUCAGUUCACACUGGGGAGAGGCCAUUCACCUGCUCAGACUGUGGGAAAGGAUUCACUUCGUCAUAUAAGUUACUGAAACACCAGUCAGUUCACACUGGAGAGUGGCCAUUCACCUGCUCAUACUGCGGGAAGGGAUUCUCCGAAUUACCUCAACUUAAGGUACAUCAGCGAGUUCACACCGGAGAGAGGCCAUUCACCUGCUCAGACUGUGGGAAGGGAUUUGCUUCGUCAUCCCAUCUGAAGAUACAUCAGCGAGUUCACACUGGAGAGAGGCCGUUCACCUGCUCAGACUGUGGGAAAGGAUUCACUCAGACAUCUCAACUGAAGGCACACCAGGGAGUUCACACCGGAGAGUGGGCAAUCACCUGCUCGGACUGUGGGAAGGGAUUUACUUGCUCAUCCCAUCUGAAGGUACAUCAGCGAGUUCACACUGGAGAGAGGCCGUUCACCUGCUCAGACUGUGGGAAAGGAUUCACUCAGACAUCUCAACUGAAGGCACACCAGGGAGUUCACACCGGAGAGUGGGCAAUCACCUGCUCGGACUGUGGAAAGGGAUUCACUUCGUCAUCCCAUCUGAAGAUACAUCAGCGAGUUCACACUGGUGAGAGGCCGUUCACCUGCUCAGACUGUGGGAAGGGAUUCAUUUCAUCAUCCCAUCUGAAGAUACAUCAGCGAGUUCACACUGGGGAGAGGCCGUUCACCUGCUCAGACUGUGGGAAGGGAUUCACUUCAUCAUCCCAUCUGAAGAUACAUCAGCGAGUUCACACUGGUGAGAGGCCGUUCACCUGCUCAGACUGUGGGAAGGGAUUCACUUCAUCAUCCCAUCUGAAGAUACAUCAGCGAGUUCACACUGGUGAGGGGCCGUUCACCUGCUCAGACUGUGGGAAAGGAUUCACUCAGUCAUCCAUCCUAAAGGCACACCAGCGACUUCACACUGGAGAGCGGCCAUUCACCUGCUCAGACUGUGGGAAGAGAUUCACUUGGUCAUUCCAAAUGAAGGCACAUCAGAGAGUUCACACUGGAGAGAGACCACUCACUUGCUCAGACUGUGGGAAGGGAUUCACUCAGUCAUCCGACCUACUCACACACCAGUCAGUUCACACUGGCGAAAGGCCAUUCACCUGCUCAGACUGUGGGAAGGGAUUCACUCGGUCAUCCCAACUGAAGGUACAUCAGCGAGUUCACACCGGAGAGAGGCCGUUCACCUGCUCAGACUGUGGGAAGGGAUUCACUCGGUCAUCCCAUCUGAAGGAACAUCAGCGAGUUCACACCGGAGAGAGGCCGUUCACCUGUUCAGACUGUGGGAAGGGAUUCACUUGCUUAUCCCAACUGAAGGUGCAUCAGCGAGUUCACACCGGGGAGAGGCCGUUCACCUGCUCGGACUGUGGGAAGGGAUUCACUCGGUCAUCCGACCUACUGGCACACCAACGAUUUCACACCGGGGAGCGGCCAUUCACCUGCUCAGACUGUGGGAAGGGAUUCACUCGGUCAUCCCAAAUGAAGGUACAUCAGAGAGUUCACACUGGAGAGAGGCCGUUCAUCUGCUCGGACUGUGGGAAAGGAUUCAUUUGCUCAUCCCAUCUGAAGGUACACCAGUCAGUUCACACUGGGGAGAGGCCGUUCACCUGCUCAGACUGUGGGAAGGGAUUCACCCGGUCAUCUCAGUUACUGAGACACCAGUCAGUUCACACUGGUGACUGGCUGUUCACCUGCUCAGACUGUGGGAAGGGAUUCACUGAAUCAUCCCAUCUGAAGGUACACCAGUCAGUUCACACUGGGGAGAGGCCGUUCACCUGCUCGGACUGUGGGAAGGGAUUCACUCGGUCAUCCGACCUACUGGCACACCAACGAUUUCACACCGGGGGGCGGCCAUUCACCUGCUCAGACUGUGGGAAGGGAUUCACUCGGUCAUCCGACCUACUAGCACACCAGCGAAUUCACACUGGGUAGAGGCUGAUCACCUGCUCAGACUUUGGGAAAAGAUUUUCUCAGCCAAAUCAACCAAGUGUGCAUCAUUGAGUUCUUACCGGGGAGUGUCCGUUCACCUGCUGUGAAUGUGAGAAGCUGGCCAAACCUGACUGGAAGGGGAAUCUGGUAGGAAUGACGAUGGAGCAGCAAUGGCUGGAGUUUCUGGGAGCAACUCGGGAGCUGAGUGAUAGACACAUCCCAAAGAAGUGGAAGCAUUGGAAAGGCAGGAGGACACAACUGUGGCUGAACUGAGAAGCCUAAGCCAACAUAAAAGCCAAAGAGAGGGCAAAUAAUAGAGCAAAAAACAUUGGGAAGCUUUUAGAAACCAACAGAAGGCAACUAAAGCAAGUCAGAUGAGCUCAGGGUGUGGAAGUAUGAUAUUGUAGUCAUUAAUGCAUCUUGGUAGCACCCAACAGCCUGAGGAAUUUAGAGGAACAAAAUAUCCGGGGCCACCAUAUCUCUUGAAAACCAAGGUUCCCUGCACCAGUUACCUUUCAACUUUUAUUUUGGUAGGCACAUACAAACUCUGCACCCUCAAAAUUUCACUUCUGAAGAACCCCCACUUACCAAGUACUCCUUUGCAGAAAACAGCCUGUCCCAGUCCACACUUUUCAAAUCCUUGCAAAUACCAUAAACAUUGAUGUUGCUCCAAUUUAGAAUCUCAAGAGAGGUCCAGACCUCUGUUUUUCCGUACUUACUUGGAAUCUCAUGGCAUUAUGAUCACUAGACACAAAGUGUUCCCAUUCACUAAUUUCUGUCACCAGCCCUGGAUCAGUUCCCAACAGCUUAUUGUACACUUCUACGCCGGAUGUUUUACGUACUGAUUAAGGAGCAUUUGACAAACUCUACCCCAUCUAGUCCUUUUACAGUAUGGGAGUCCCAGUCAAUAUAUGGAAAGUUAAAAUCACUUACUAUAUCAACUAUUGUUUCUUGGUAUAGUCUGUGAACUCUCUAAAAAUUUGUUCCUCUAGAUCCCUCAGACUGUUGGGUGCAACCAAUUCCCAGUAAUGCCCACGAUAUCACAAUUCCAUGCCCUGGGCUCAUCUGGCUUUCCUGCGAUGCUUCUUGCAUCAUGAUUUCCACAGCUCCAUGCAUUCAUCGCACCAGGCUGAAGCAUUUGAUUACUGACUCUAUCUGAGCUCUGAACAACAUCUGUCUGGUGUCAAGAAAGCAACCUGUCCCUCAAUGUCAGGAAAACAUCUGACGCUGAAUUUUGUGGUGAGGAUGCAGGAAAGGUUUUCUUCUGAUGACUCUCCAUGCAGGUCAUAUUUGUGCAGGUGUCACUGCACAGUAGAACAGUGCACCACCACUCCAGAGUCUGCUAAAUCUUCCUGAAUGUUUUUUACAGUCAAACAGGGGUUUUGAUUUGCCUUUCUAGCAAUCCUACGAGUAGUUCUCCCAAAAAGUUUUCUUGGUCUUCCAGACAUCAACUUGACCUCCACCAUUCCUGUUAAAUGCCAGUUCUUACUUACAUUAUGUUCUGAGGAAACGGCUACCUGAAAAUGCUUUGCUAUCUUCUUAGAGCCUUCUCCUGCUUUGUGGGCAUCAUUUAUUUUAACUUUCAGAGUGCUCAGCGGCUGCUUAGAAGAGCCCCUGGCUGCUGAUUGUUGGGACAAGGUUGGAGGAGUCAGGGUAUUUAUAAGGCUUUGCAAUUUGUACAGCCUGGCCUGUCCUAAUGAUGAUUGCAAACAAGCCAUAGCCCUAACAAGCUAAUUCAGAUCUGAGACCUCGGUAAAAUUUAACUGAGAGCUCAAAUCUCUUGGGGUGCCCGAACUUUUCCAUGGUGCUCCUUUCCCUUUUUUCUCCCACUCUAAAAUUGUACAAAACAGAAAUAAUACACUAAACUCCUGAUGAAGGGUUUCGGCCCGAAACGUUGUCACUACCUCCUCCCAUAGAUGCUGUCAGGCCUGCUGAGUUCUGCCAGCAUUUUGUGUUUUUAAUAAUACACUCAUCUUGCUUAAAAUGUUGAAUGUUUUGUCUUUAAUUUUCUGACUUUUGGAGACCAGUUCACCUUCUGCUCACUUAACUAUUCACAGUAACAGGAAGUUUGACCACUGGUGCCCAGCCGUUUGCAUACCACUGUAUGGGAUGGGGUGGAGAGUGCGGGGUGUGACGGGAGAAAGGGGGAGGAGAAGGAGGACUGACAGGGAGCGAAGAGGGAGAACGCGUGGGGUGAGUGGUAGAUUUAGACGAUGAGAAAGAGGGGAAGACAAUGUGGGAUACGGGAGACAGCAGGGAGUGUUUGAGAGAGGGGAGAGGGUGGGAUGUAGGGAGAGAGAGAGAGAGGUUGAGAGCUGGAAAUGGAGGUGGUUACAGAGUGGCGGAGGUGAGUGAGUGAGAGACAAGUUUGAUUGAGGUGCGUGAGAGAGGAGGAGAUGGAGAGGGGAAGACAGAGGGUAACUGAGAUUGAGAGUGGGAUGGCGGGUGAUAGGGGUAGGGACAGGGAUUGUGGAAUGGGAGAGAGAAUGGAACAGUAAGAGAAAUAGAUGGAGAGAUGGAGAGAAAGAGGGAGAGAGUGAGAGAAAUGAAAAGAGUCAUGACAGAGUGAGGAGAUGAAGAGAAACAAGAGAGAGGAGUAUGAUUUAUUACUUGAGGGGUAGAGAGAGUGGCAAAAAAGGAGAGCGCGAGGAAAGGGGUGAAAGAGUGGGAGACUGGUCAAGUAGCAGUGCAACAGGGAUAGGGAAAGAAGCGGGAGGGAGAGAGGCGGUGAGGAAGCAAGGAUGAUUGAGGGGGCGAUGAUAAGGAAGGGGUGAGGGAGAGAGGGAGCAAGAAGGAAGGGCUGGAGUAGAGGGCCCUAUGAGGAAGAGGAACUGUGAGGAGGGUGUGGUGAGGGAAAUGGGGUAAGUAGCUAGGGGUGAGUGAGAAAGGCAAGGAGAUUGGUGUGUAUGAUCUGAAUUGUUAGAUGAACUAUUUACUCAGUCCCCAGUUGCAGGGUCAUUAAUCACGUAUGUUCACAAGUCACGGAACAAAUCCACCAUGCGAUUACGGUUCCAUGCUGGGAAUUAUGAGUGUGAGGGCAGCUUGCUGUUCUCGGUGUCGGAUGUGGGAGGUCCUGGAGUCUCCUAGCCUCCCGGACGUUCAGAUUUGCGCCUGGUGUGUCGAGCUGCAGUUCCUCAGGGUCUGUGCCAGGGAACUGGAGCUGCAGCUCGAUGACCUUCGUCUGGUCAGGGAGAGUGAGGAGGUGAUAGAGAGGAGUUACAGGCAGGUGGUCACACCGGGGCCACGGGAGGCAGACAGGUGGGUCAUGGUUAGGAGGGGGAAGGGGAAGAGUCAGGUACUAGAGAGUACCCCAGUGGCUGUACCCCUUGACAAUUAAGUACUCCUGUUUGAAUACUGUUGCGGGGGUUGGGGGGGGUGAACAGCCUACCUGGGGGAAGCAACUGUGGCCGUGCCUCUGGCACAGAGUCCAGCCCUGUGGCUCAGAAGGGGAGGGAAAGGAAGAGGAAGGCAGUAGUAAUAGGGGACUCGAUAGUUAGGGAGUCAGACAAGCGAUU